AACACAUCUCAGCUGCAGACAACAGGUGUGUGGAUCACAGUCCCAGUGCAAAAUGAGGAAAUACAGUUUGGACUACUUCAAGAGUUUUAUAUUUAAGAACUCAAACGCAGAAGAAACGGAUGUCUGUGAGGGGCCGGAUCCCGCAGGGGGCAGCGCAGAGGAGAACCCGGAGCGGGGGAACUGGGCCAAUAAGAGGGAGUACAUGCUGUCCAUGGUGGGGUACGCUGUCGGGCUGGGGAACGUGUGGAGGUUCCCCUACCUCACCUACAAAAACGGAGGAGGGGCCUUCCUCAUCCCGUACUUCAUCAUGCUGGCUGUGGCUGGCCUGCCACUCUUCUUCAUGGAGUGCUCGCUGGGCCAGUUCUCCAGCCAGGGCCCUGUCACCGUGUGGAAGGUGGUUCCCAUCCUGCAGGGUGUAGGGGUGACGAUGGUGCUGGUCAGCACUCUGGUGGCGAUCUACUACAACGUCAUCGUGGCCUACAGCAUCUACUACUUGUUUGCCUCGUUCCAGUCUCCGUUGCCGUGGAGCGACUGCUUCUCCUGGUCAGACGAGCGCUGUGGUGUCUCUCCCAAAGGCCUGUGCAACGUGACCUCUGGAAACGGGACCGUGCUGGUGAACACAACCUGGCUAUCGGACAACAACCAGACCUGCCCUGAGCCCAGCCUGGUGCCCCUCCCCGUGCAGAGCCCCAGUGAACAGUACUGGGACUUGGUGGCGCUGAAGCGCUCUGCGAGCAUGGAGGAGACGGGGGAGGUGGUCUGGUCCCUGGCCCUCUGCCUGCUCCUGGGCUGGCUGCUGAUUGCCGUGUCUCUCUUCAAAGGCAUCAAGUCCUCUGGGAAAGUGGUGUACUUCACAGCCACCUUUCCCUACGUCGUCCUCCUGAUCCUGCUGAUCCGGGGAGUCACUCUGGAGGGCUCCAGAGAGGGGAUCGACUACUACAUCGGCACCCAGUCCAACCUGACCAAGCUCGUGGAAGCAGAGGUGUGGAAGGACGCCGCCUCACAGAUAUUCUACUCGCUCUCCAUUGCUUGGGGCGGGGUCAUGACCCUGGCGUCCUACAACAAGUUUGAAAACAACUGCUACAAGGACUCCAUCAUCGUGUGCCUGACCAACUGCGGGACCAGCGUCUUCGCCGGGUUCGCCAUCUUCUCCAUCCUCGGUCACAUGGCCCACGUGUCGGGGAAGCCGGUGUCAGAGGUCGCGCAGGACGGGUUUGGCCUGGCGUUUAUCGCCUACCCUGAAGCCCUGUCCCAGCUGCCCGUGUCCCCGCUGUGGUCUGUGCUGUUCUUCUUCAUGCUGCUGACUCUCGGCCUGGACUCUCAGUUCGCCAGCAUCGAGGUCAUCACCACUUCGCUUCAGGACAUUUUCCCCGCCGUCUUCAAGUCCAAAGGGAGCCUGCUGACUGUGGCCACCUGCAUCACCCUCUUCCUGCUGGGGCUGCCCUGCGUCACUAGAUCAGGGAUUUACUGGGUCACCCUGAUGGACCAUUUCUGCGGCGGGUGGGUUCUUCUGGUGGCUGCAAUACUGGAGCUGUUUGGACUGUGCUAUAUCUACGGAGGGAACCGCUUCAUCAAGGAUAUCGAGAUGAUGAUCGGGGAGAGGAGCUCCUGGUUCUGGCUCUGGUGGAGGUCCUGCUGGUUCUUCAUCUCGCCCUGCGUCCUCCUUGUUAUCCUGGCCUGGUCCCUCCUCACGGUCUCCAUGCCCACCUAUGGCUCUGUGGUGUACCCCCCCUGGGGCCUGACCCUGGGCUGGUGCAUGACGGCCUUCUGCCUGCUGUGGAUCCCCGUCUGCGCCGUCUGGAAGGUGCUGAGGGCCGAGGGAAACCUAUGGCAGCGCGUGAAGACGGCGUGCUCCUCAGCGGAGGACUGGGGGCCGUACCUGGAGCGCCACUGGGGGGAGCGCUACCAGAGGAAGCGCUGCUAUUGGAGGAAGAGCUCCCUGACCUCGCCCGACUCCGACACCUGCGUCAUCACCAACAUGCACAGCGUCAAGCUCUGACCACACCGCCAUUCCCACGCCAUUCCCACGCCAUUCCCACGCCAUUCCCACGCCAUUCCCACUCCAUUUCAACGUGUGUAGACUGCGUGUGCGUGUGCGCUCGAGUGCACACAACUACAAGCCCACUUGCACUGCACUGGUUAAAUAUGGGUUUGGAUAUUUUUAAUGAAGUUUUUAUACAAAUGCCUUUUAAACAUUUUGCUAUUUCAGCAAGGAUCUGCAUAGCCAUUCAUCAUUGCUCCAUUUUAUAUGUGUAUUUAACUUGAUCAAAUGCGCUUUAUAUCUGGAUCUGAUGUUCAUGAUCACACACUGGGGCCGACAUGGCUCAGGCAGUAAGAGCAGUCGUCUCAUUGGCUCAGGCAGUAAGAGCAGUCGUCUCAUUGGCUCAGGCAGUAAGAGCAGUCGUCUCAUUGGCUCAGGCAGUAAGAGCAGUCGUCUCAUUGGCUCAGGCAGUAAGAGCAGUCGUCUGGCAGUCGGAGGGUUGCCGGUUCGAUCCCCCGCCCAGGCUGUGUCGAAGUGGCCCUAGGCAAGACACCUAACCCCCAAAUGCUCCUGACGAGCUGGUUGGGGCCUUGCAUGGCAGCCCAUCGCCGUUGGUGUGUGAGUGUGUGUAUGAAUGGGUGAAUGAGAGGCAUCAAUUGUACAGCGCUUUGGAUAAAGGCGCUAUAUAAAAUGCCAACCAACCAUUUACACUUGACAAUAAGGGUACGUUAAUUGGCAUUAUAACUAAUUAUAAGCAUCUUAUUGGUUCAAUUGUAUUUCAUUACAAACUAAUGUAUUACUUGCAUCAAUAUUUAUACAUUAGCAACCCAUAGGUUAAAUGUAUAAUUAGUUAACCAUUAACAAAUACGUUAACUGUUGUCAUUCCAAUAUUAAUAGGCAUUAACUAAUAUAGUUUCUAACAUGAAUUAGUGAUGUACAAAUGCAUGAACAAAGCUGUACAGAUUAACUUCAGUGGUUAGUAGUUAGUAGUUAGUAACCACAUUAGUUAAUGCCAAUUCAUGUGACCUUAUUGUAAAGUGUUACCUUUUAUAAAAAAAAAAAUGUGUUCUUUGGUUUUGUCUUUCUGGCUUUUCUUGUUUAAAUGUACUCAGGAUUAUUAGAUAUGCCUAAUAACUACCAAGUGGGAAAGUAUAAUUGAGCACUGUAAGUUUGUGCUAGAAUCUAUCUACCGGAUGUCUAAUAAAAC